UAUUUUAUAAUUUUUUUUGAAUAAAUCAGAGACUAUUUGAAAAGUAUGAAAAGGUGAGAGAAAGUCCUCAUAGCUUCAUACCGAGCCGCAGAUUCUUCUGACAGGUAGAAAAUCUUCUCAAAACAAGCCAACAUGAAGGUUUGCAUCCUUUUCGUUGUCGUCUGCAUCGCACUGGUGACGGCGAAGUCCAUUCCAGACAUGGUUGCUGCAAAGCGUUCAGAGAUAAGUCGUCGAGAGGCAUUACCAGCGGCCAAACCAGAUUUGCAUGACCAAAAGCGCAGGGGUGUUGAUGACGACGACUAUGGUCCUAAAGAUGAUCCUUUCGAUGAUCCUGACGAUGAUCCUGACGAUGAUACUGACGGUAAUCCUGAAGAGUAUUUCGAUAAUGAUCUUGACGAGGAUUUCGAUGAUGAUCUUGACGAGGAUCUUGACAAGGAUCCUGACGAGGAUCCUGAUGAUGAUCUUGACGAAAAUCCUGACGACCUGUUGCACGCUAAAAAGCGCUGUGAUGCUGUAGCGGGCGUCUGGGUUUGUGUAUAACAAUGGAGGAGCAAUUUGUGAGUAAACAUUCGGUCCUGGCUCCACGCUUUCAAAUAUGCGUCAAAAACAAAACCGAAGAAAUAAAUUAUUAAUGUGUGAAUAAA